AUGGGCGUUACCAAGACUACUCAUCAGGAGGGCUCCGGUGCCAUCCCCAAGCCCGGCCAGACCGUCACCAUUGAGUACACUGGCUACUUGAAGGACACCACACAGCCCGACAACAAGGGCAAGAAGUUCGACUCUUCUGUCGGCCGCGGCGAUUUCAUCACCCGCAUUGGUGUCGGCCAGGUCAUUAAGGGUUGGGAUGAGGGCGUCACCACCAUGAAGGUUGGCGAGAAGGCCACCCUUGACAUUACCAGCGACUAUGCCUAUGGCGAGCGCGGCUUCACCGGUCACAUUCCCCCUCGCGCCGAUCUCAUCUUGUAUGUAUCACUUACCUUGGCAUUGGAUCCAAACCUUGCCGGACUGUUAUCAAGCUAA